AUGGACUUGGACGACGAAUUCAUCUCGGACUCCGAGGUAUCCUCAGCCCAUCUGCUAGACAGAGUAGAGCACCUCGUCCUCGACAUGAUCCAGCACCCCGACUCUCUCUGUAUCCGUCUACGGAACCGAUUUGAGAAAAAGCCGUCGUCAAAACCGAAGAGCAUCACCGUGGCUUUUCCCGGUGCAAAUCACUCUUCCGCCCGUCGCUUCGCCGCUCUAAUGCGCAUCCUCGACAUAAUAUCCGAGAACCUCACAUUCAGCAAAACAGUCACGAAGCGCGACAUCUACUACCGCGACGUCGCGCUCUUCAAAGCGCAGUCCGAAGUCGACAGAUUCGUCGACGACAUCGCGGCGACUCUCUCUGUCCCCCGGCGCGCGCUGGGCGUCGUUGCCUCGCGCAAGGGAGUGAUGGCGGGGUUCUUUGUCGUCAAGGACCGCGAGGGGAAGGUCGUUAGGGUCGGCGCGGGGAGCGAGGUGGCGCUGGUUCCGGAGAUUGAAGCGGCGGAUGAGAGGAUUGGGUUGGAUGGGGUUGAUUACGUGCUAGUGGUUGAGAAGGAGGCUGUUUUUCAGACUCUUGUUUCGGCUGGGUUUUGUAGCAGGCCUGAUGUCGGCCGGGCUCUCUUGAUCACUGGAAAAGGAUACCCCGACAUCUCAACCCGCGGCCUCGUCCACCUAAUCUCAGAAACCUAUCCCGAAAUCCCACUGCUCGGUAUAGUCGACUCUGACCCGUACGGAAUCCAUAUUCUCGGGAUAUACAAGUACGGCAGUAAAGCGAUGGUGCACGAGGCGUCUACUUUGAUCGCCGGUAGAUUACAAUGGAUCGGCGUGCGCUUGCUCGACUACGAGUACGAGAGCGCUUAUGCGGGGCUGUCGAAGCGGGAUCGUAGGAUGGCGAUGAAUAUGCUGGGGAAUGAGUGGAUGGAUUGCGAGGGAGCGAAGGAGAUGAGGGCGGAGGUGCAGAGGAUGUUGUUUUUGGGGAGGAAGGCGGAGAUGAAUGUUGUGGGGGAUGAGUCGGGGUUGGGAAUUAGUGAGUAUCUGGCGAGGUUGAUUAGGAGUAGUCUUUUGCUUUGUUGA